AUGGCUUACGUUAAUGUACAAGGCCCAAAUCUGCCAACUUUGGCAGAUUUGAAAAAUCAUCUUCGCGAAGAGCCGCUGUACCUCCAAGUAUUGGAGAAUUAUUUGCGAAAUGCGGCGCAUUUAAUUAAUGAUUUGAGAGCGAGGCUGGAGAGAAAUGAGCUUGAAGCUCAUAAUAAUAUUCCAACAGUUGCGGUCCCAAGGGCGGACUUAGGACAUCGCGCAAGUCCUCCGCCAACUCAGGAGCAACUAACAAAUGGAUGGAAAAUUAUGCAAAGUAAAUCAACUUAA